AGAGAGAGAGAGAGAGAGAGGCGGGUGCAGCACCAACAGGACGAGAUUCUUAAUAAAUAAAUAAGAAAUACCCACAGCGAGCAACAUCACCUGCAGAGACAUAAACACCGCCUCUUACGCUGGAUUUCCCCCCUUGGCUUUUACGCACACGCAUCUUGCGCACACGCACGCACACUCUGCCUGUUUCCUUUUUUUUUGCGGGAAGCGUUUCAGGAAGGAAAUCCCGAAGUGUUUCUCGGUGUCACUGGAAAAAAGAAAAGAGGGCGCCCAAAUCUGUCUGUCCCUCCAGAGGACGGGACCUUUUUAUUUAUUUAUUUAUUUAUUUUGGCGUUUCCACCGGGAAGUCACUCCUGGAGGUGCACCGUGCUCACACAUGGGGCUUGUGGCGCGUUUCAGAGCCGGGGACGACAUCAUCUGACAUCCCCCUAGUUUAGUUUGUUAAACAGUGUGUUUUAAAACCGCGUGUCGGGUCCGGUAGCCCGUGAUGCCCGCGAGGAACAGGUACAACCUGGUGGACGACGUGGCGGACUCGAGGGUCCCCCUCCAUAAUGAAGAGGCUUACCAGCAUGGGAUUAGUUUCCAAGCUAAGUACGUGGGGAGCCUCGACGUGCCGAGGCCAAACAGUCGGAUGGAGAUCGUGGCAGCCAUGAGGAGAAUCAGGUAUGAAUUCAAGGCCAAGAACAUCAAGAAGAAGAAGGUCAGCAUCGUGGUGUCUGUGGACGGGGUCAAGGUGAUGCUAAGGAAGAAACAGAAGAGAAAAGAAUGGACGUGGGAUGAGAGCAAGAUGAUGAUCAUGCAAGAUCCAAUUUACAGGAUUUUCUACGUGUCUCACGACUCCCAGGACUUAAAGAUCUUCAGCUACAUUGCAAGAGACGGUUCCAGUAACUCCUUCAGAUGUAACGUCUUCAAGUCGAAGAAGAAGACGCAGGCCAUGCGUAUUGUUCGGACAGUAGGUCAGGCCUUUGAAGUGUGCCAUAAGCUCAGUCUGCAGCAUGCAGAGCAGGAUGCAGACGGACAGGCGGAUGGAGAGAGCGACAAGUCCUCAGAGGAGACCAGCAGCCAUGGUCGUAAACUGACGGGCGCAGAGCAAGAGGAGGAAGAUGACGGCAAACUGGGAGGAAGACGAGCAGGAGAAGAUCCUUCAGCCGGCGCUUCGCUCUGCGAAAAGGCCGUCGGUGACAUUCUGCAGAGUCUGGCCGAACUGAACGUGGUAAAACCCGGACAGACCAUCAUAGACUUUGAUCGAAGGUCACUCUUCACUGUGACAUCCCAAGGCGUCACUCCCGGCAGCCCUUGCUCCCGAUCUCUCACCCCGCUGGCGUCGCAGCACUACCUGCAGCUUCUCCAGCAGCAGCUGCAGCAGCAGCAGCAGCACACGCAGGUGGCCGUCGCACAGGUGCAGCUGCUGAAGGAUCAGAUGGCAGCGGAGACUGCAGCUCGUAUGGAGGCUCAGGCCCGUGUCCACCAGCUGCUGCUGCAGAACAGGGACUUGCUGCAGCACCUGGCCCUACUUGUGCAGCAGCUGAAAGAGCUGGAAGCCCGUUCCCCAAAAACAACACAACCAGAGCCGCCACAACAGGAGCCUCAGGCUAAUGGGCACAAUGGUCCACAGUCAUCGUGCGGCUCCACAUCAGCCAAGUCUUUGUCCCUGAAUCUGAAGAAUCACUACAGCCAGACGCCCUUAGACCAGCUCAUCACCUCCACACCUUCAUGGCCUCUCCAAACCUCAUCCCUCUCCCCGACCCAAGUGGACUGCGCCGAGUCCUACCUGAACCUGCUAAACCUGGAGAACAGCACCAAACCGGACGCACCGGUCAACGGAGAGCUGGACUCCUUCAUUAGGGCCAACGCGGCGGCCGAUAACAAGGAGAGCUCGUGCAAUGACAUCGUCCCGUUCAGGAACUCGGCCAACAUGGACGAAAAGUGUAAACAGAUGAUCCCCAAACUUGACCCCCCGCCACCAUCCAUGAACCGCAAGAGGGCCAGCAGGACCUUGUCUCCGGGGGUGGACCUCGCAGCUGCGUCCACGCCGGGAGAGGUCACGGCUAACGAUGCGGCCGCCAGCCGCAGCAGCAGCCUCUCGUUCCCAGACGGCACCCCCGGCUCCUUGUCGUCCGCUGAUUUCCACUCGCUAAGCAACUGCGAGAGCAGCUCCUGCUCGGCCAGCGAGGACUCGGGCGUCCGCUCCGAGACCAAGUCCCUGCUGUCUCCGCUGCGCGAUGACGACGACCUGUUCGGGGACCGCGGGACGUUUUUGACAGCCUCCAGCGGCUGCGACAGCCCCCUGGAGGAGAGGUGCGAAGAGGUGCUCUCUCCGUCCGAGUCGUAUCCCGCCGAGUCCCCCAACUUGGUCUCACAUUCGGACACCUACGAGCACCCACUGCCCUUCUCCUCUCCCAUGAACGACACCUGCCUUCACAUCAGUUUCUCUGAGGAUGAGCUGCUGGAGAGCAGCCAGGAAGACCCCAACAUCCCACAGCGGAGUUAGGAGGAUGAGCUGAGAGGCCCCUCACUGUGUCCUUCAAUCAGCUUUUAAUGCAAUACUCACUGUCAGACCCUCUUAUGUUUGCACUGGGCUCCAUUUCAGGACCUUUAAUUUUUUUCCGUCCACUUGUGACACAGUACAGACAUAGCAUAUACCAGUUACUGAAAAAUAAUCUAUCGUAUAAAUUAUUAGCCGACGGACAGAUUUAGUAUUUUUGUAAUGAAAUUAAUGAUCUUUAAUUUACUUUGUAGUGACUAGAAUGUUAAGCAGAAUACAUGUAGCAAUUCUUGCACUGUUAAGGUCACGCGUAAUUUACCGUAGAAUUCAAAGCCAAUGAGGGAACACAUUUUAUUUUUGCUAGUAGUCAACAUUAAAACGUUGUUUUGUAUGAUGCGUCGCCGCGGUGGGAAAAUGACUGAAAUGAUUUUCUUGCAGAUUUGAUACGCGAUGAUUGACGCGGAUGUUGGGAAGAGCCUCUCCGACUGGAAAGCACCUGCCCGGAUGAUGGGUGGAAAGAAAAGAACAAGAAAGUCAGACAAAGGGACAAAGAAAUGAGCAGAUGUAGUUGUUUUCUGGGUUUAUACGCAUCCGUUUAUGGCUGUGUAGUAUGUUUCGUUUUUUUUUAAACAUGAGGGUUGAGAGGGUUUUAGAACGUUGCUACUCGUGUUUGGGUUUUUCAGACUGGUAGGCCUCAAAGCAGUUGAUUCUGCUGAUAGCAUGGAUGUAAUCCUUCAAAACAAAAAAAGGAUUUACACGUUGAAUUAAAAAUAUUUUAGUUUUUAGAAACCGCACACUUAAAAAAAAAAAAAAGCAGACACAAUGGCUAUAAAAGCUUUGGAUUGCACCUGUCUGGGUGAAGAGUCUGUCAUAAAAUGAACCCUCAGACUCAAUAGGAAAGGUAAUUGAGGAAUCACAAAGGACCUCGGAUGGAAGAAAGAAAGCUCGGCAGAUGGAUUUUCUCUGUUCGGUCUCGCUUUGUGAAAUCCUGAAUAACCAGCAAAUCGGUAUAUAUAGUAUAUAGUCUUUUUAUUUGUGUGUAGCUUCAUCUAAACAUUGGAAAAUGUUUCAGCUUCAUUGGUGUGGAGCUACGAUUAGACGAGGAAUCAUGAAUUUUAAAUGAAUUACUGGCUCCAGUGUCUCAAAUGUAAACAUUUUCAGGAUAUUUAAUGUUUUUAAUCUGCAAAUUACUUGAAAAUCAAAGUAAUGAUUAGUUGCCGCCCUAGAACUGAACAUGUAGCAUCAAACGUGCAUGUGCGAAUAGUGUGUUAUUGAAUUAAGCAUACUGGUGUGACCUUGGACAGGUAGAAGCGACGGUAGAUUGAAGUGAGAGGAAGCAGCUGAGGUGCGAGGAGAGAGGGGCGGUGUUAAAGGUGUAAAAUACCCACAGGUGAAGCUUGUAACACCCGGAAACGAGGCUCUUCUCAACAUCACACGUGGCAGGGAGAUAUGACAGCAAUAACUGGUGGAAGAAAAAAAUAAUAAAGAGGAAUAGUUGAAGAA